AUGAUAAAGAUCCCCAUCAUUGAGACAGUGAACGCUCUGCAAGGGGUGCAGGGAAUAUUUGACGGGAAGAAGCUGAAGAUAGACAUCCUGAAGGAUUACCAGAAGGGAGUCCGUCCUGUGGCGAACCACUCCCACACCACGCCACUGAAGAUGGGCAUGGACUUCCGCCAAAUCAUCGACUUGGACGAAAAGCAUCAAAUCCUCUCCAGUAAUGUUUGGAUGAGAAAGUACUGGAGGGACGAGGCUCUAACCUGGGACCCGGAUGAGUACAACGGCAUGAAGUACAUCAACCUGCCUUCGUCUGAGAUCUGGCUGCCUGACAUCGUCCUUACUAACAGUGCCGGGAAGAACCACGACCAGCCCCAGAACAACGUCAUCGUCAGCUACAACGGCGAGGUCACCUGGCUGGUGACCCGGAUGUACUUCAGCGCCUGCUACAUCAACACCUACUUCUUCCCGUUUGACGAACAGAACUGCACUUUGACCUUUGCCUCUUGGACUCACAGUGGCUUCGAGAUUGACCUGACCCAGGAACCGGAGCCGCCGAGCAAAUCUUAUUACGUCAACAAUGACGAGUGGAAACUGAUGGACAUUUACGUCAAGCGUGACGUUGUGUAUUACGAGUGCUGUCCAGAACCGUACCCGGAAGUGACGUAUACCAUACGUAUCCAGAGGAGGGCCCUGUUUUACGUCACCAACCUGCUGGCCCCCUGCUGUCUGCUGUCCUUCCUCGUCAUCUUCGGGUUCUACCUGCCGUCCGAUUCCGGGGAACGAGUGGGGCUGGGGAUCACCAUCCUGCUCUCGUACUCAGUGUUCCUGCUGAUGGUGUCGGAGUGGAUGCCGCCUACGUCACGGACUGUGCCACUCAUCGUUGUAUACUACAGCGUGACGAUGCUGCUGGUUACCCUGGCAACGGCCAUGACCAUCGCCGUGCUGAAUAUCCACCACUGCGCAGCUCACACCACGCCGGUGCCCCACGUGAUCCGCUUUCUCGUGCUGAGACUUCUCGCGAGACUUGUCUGCAUGACCAGCGUGUCUUCCCACUGGGAGGAGGAGCACCACCACCCCUGGAACAUCGAGAAGACCAUCAACAUGUUCACCAUGAGCAACUUGGACAACGGGCAUGGCAACACCGAAACAGAGGUGGUCACCAAGAACAAGAACAAAACUGGAAACUCUCCAGGCGAGAACGGACUGUACACCUCGCUCCUCCUGUCUAUGAGAGAGAUCCACAAGGAGAUCCGCACGAUCAACGCGAGAUUCCAGAGGACUGAUAUCCAGACUGGGAUCGAGGACGAGUGGAAAAAGGUCGCGAAGGUCAUAGACAGAUUCCUGAUGCUGCUUUUCGCCGUCGCCACCUGCCUGACCAGCGUCUGUCUGUUCUCCCAAGUGCCGCAUUUCAACUUGUAAAGAGACAAAAAUACGGGAUGAUGUAAAUAUGUUUUAGACUUCAUGCCACACAAAAAGUUGUAGUUACCAAUGGUAGUGAAUCCCAGUAAAAUCGGGUAAUGCCGGACUUAACAAUGGUAGUAAACGGGACUUGACUUUCUGCUAACGUUGUUGUUUACAAAGUGAA